AUGGCUUCCAAGUGUGUCCACAAGGGCUGCGGGAAGGAAUUCACCGACGCCGAGGAGCCCUGCGUCUAUCAUCCUGGCCCGCCGGUGUUCCACGAAGGACAGAAAGGAUGGAAAUGCUGCAAAUCGCGCGUCCUCACCUUCGAUGAAUUCCUCGCUAUCCCGCCCUGCACAACGGGCAAACACUCCAUCGUCGACGAUACCCCCGUUGAAUUGAAACCCAAGCCCGUCGCAGAAGAACCUGCCGCACCUGCACCCGCUGUCGAGAGCGCCGUCCCUCGCCCCGCCAUCUCCCCGGCCAUUCCCCCUCCUUCGAAUGCGCCGACCCCCGUCCCCGAAGAACCUGAGUCCGAUGACCCGGAUGUUGAGAUCGCUGCGAACGCGACCUGUCGUCGCAAGGGUUGCAACACGGGCUACGAUGCGACCAUACCUCGUGAGCAGGAGAAGUGCGUCCACCACCCCGGACAGCCCAUCUUCCACGAGGGCAGCAAGGGCUGGUCAUGCUGCAAGAAGCGGGUGCUGGAGUUUGACGAGUUCCUGAAGAUCCAGGGCUGUACGGAAAAGACGAAGCAUUUGUUUGUUGGAAAGGGGAAGCCACCGGGCGAGGAGAAGGUGGAAACGGUUCGGAACGAUUUCUACCAGACGCCCUCCUCCGUGAACGUGUCGCUUUACCUGAAAAAGAUCAACAAAGAGACAGCCAAGGUCGAGUUCGCGGCUACGUCGAUCGGGCUGGACCUCCCUACGACGGAUAACAAGCGGUACAAGGAUACCUAUCAACUGUUUGCGCCGAUUGAUCCCGAGAAGUCGCAGUUCCGGGUGCUGGGGACAAAAUUGGAGUUGACGCUGGUGAAGGCGGAUGGAACGAGCUGGCCGGUGCUGCGCAGCGAUGAUAAGUGGUCGGGCGAGAGAAUCCAGAUUGGCAAGGCUGGACGAGUGUGAUAGAUACUAUAUACUAUAAAGUAUUUUCGUUGAGUACUCCGUUGGAGUAGCAUGAUAAUGAAUGACCACAUUUUGCAGUACUCCGU